UAUUUCAUACGCUAUACGAGUAGCUGAAAUUGAGAUUCUACCAUCUGUCUAUACACCACCUAUACAGACACAGGAGUAACUUGUCACUUUGUCACUUUGUCAUUUUGUCAUUUUGUCAUUUUUCACUUGUUAUUUGUUAUUUGUUACUUUGUUAAAUUUCAAAGGUUUACUAGAUAUCUCUUAAAAAUUCUACUCCCAGUCCCUACUCUACUGUAUUUUCAUUCCAAUAACAAAUUCACUCAUUCAAAUGUUUAAUCUGAAAUUGGAAUUCUGAAAGAUUUUCUAUUCCCAGCUGAAGAGUUUGAAGUUCAUUCGUUCUUCGACAUUUCAUUCAUUGAUUUGCAUCCAUGUCGGGUAGCGUUAAUCGGAUAAUCACAUCAUCAUCCCGAUAGCAGGAUAGUUGGAUACCAAGUCGCAACCGUCCUCAAUCAUGACACCAGCUCCGGGAACUUUGCCUACCAAGUUCCCUGUUUGGUGCAGAGCUGUAUAUUCAUUCAGCGGGGAGGUAAGUUAAUUGUAUACUACAGUUACUUUUAAAUAUCUUCAACCUCUAACCAUCCGUUGGCGCAGUCAAAACGCGACUUGGGCUUCAUCGAGGGAGAUUUGAUAGAAUGUUUGAACGCAGGAGAUGGAUCAUGGUGGAUGGGUCGUUUGCGGAGGGACAAAAGGAUGAUGGGCCUCUUUCCUUCGAAUUUCGUUCAAGUUCUAGAUGAGAAUUUCCGACCAACAAGCAGAACGUCGAGUCCCCUGCCGGAUCGAAGUCCUAGUCCUAACCCUUUCAAAAACCCGAUAGCUCCGACAAAACCGAAGACUAAAUCGAUGCGAAAACCCUUUCAAGCGUAUGCUGCGCCGGAUAUGGGGGCGUUAAGGAGAGCAGAGGCACGGGAAAAGGAACGUCUCGCGGCCUCGACUUCUCGAAUACCAUCGCCGGCCGCCAGGGGUGGAUACAAUAAUGUAGCAAGGGGGCCUUCUCCUCAAUCCCAAGCUCAGGUUUAUCAAUCGCAAACGCGCUCGCCAGCACCACUUUCUCGGUUUCCAAGCCAUGUAUCUCGCGCGCCAUCUCCAGGCCCAAGCCAUUAUGCUUCUCGCGCACCCUCCCCGGCUCCCAACCGCUACAUGCCUCGUGGUCCCUCUCCUGCGCCCAACCACUAUACGUCUGGCGCGCAUUCUCCAGCUCCCAGCCACUACAUAUCUCGUGCACCGUCUCCUGCCGUUAACCAUUAUAGUUCUCGGGGCCCAUCUCCUGCUCCUAACCAUUAUAGUUCUCGGGGCCCAUCUCCUGCUCCUAACCAUUAUAGUUCUCGUGGCCCGUCUCCUGCGCCCAACCAUAGUUCUCGGGGCCCAUCUCCUGCUCCUAACCAUUACAGUUCUCGCGGUCCGUCUCCUGCUCCCAACCAUUACACAUCUCGCUCGCCAUCGCCUAAUCCCCAUCAUUAUGGAUCUCGUGCCCCUUCUCCAGCUCCUUCAUUUGGCUACCAAAGUUAUUCUCGAGGUCCAUCGCCUGCGCCACAAUUUGAUAGAUCAGGAACCUCGUCUCCACCGCCACCUCCACCACCUCAUCGGAGCAUUUAUGCGCCGCAGGCAAUCAGAGAUACUCAUAACACCAGCCCGAAUCCGUACCAAAUACCAUCGCCAACAUCUCCAUGUCCACCGUCACCGGCGGGUACGGGCCGCACUCCCUCUCCUUUGCGAAGCGCAAUGGAUGAUGUAAUGCUCUCUUUGGCAGACAUGGGAGUGGCUCGAGAGUCAGAAAUUCCAGAAGAACCGAUCGACCCAUGGUCUCCUGAAGCAUUUGAUCAAACGUAUAUAUCAACGAAAAGGGCACCUAGAUCCAGUACAGCUAUCGGAGUCGCUGAAGAUUAUAAUUCUGUAGGUGAUGAUAGAUACGCCGAUAAUAUGCAACCUUAUCAACCUACAAAUACUCCUCCGCCUCAACUUAGCAAUUAUGUUCAAAGGAUGGAAAAUAGAUUAAGUAAAAUGUAUUCUUCAACGCCGCGCCCCCCUGAAGAUGAUGUCCGGCCCGCGGUUCCCCCUAAAUCGAGUUCAUACGCUCAUGAGAGCCGACCAAAAUCGUCUCUGAGCGGAAGUGUACAGCCAGCCAAGCUUCGCCACCGAAAAUCUGCAUACGAAGUUGGAAAAGCCAUGCUGGGGAGAUCUUUCACAACAAGGACUGAUAAGACGGAUUCAACGACCUCUUCCAGCGGGACUCGCAGCACUACCACCAAUGGAAGCUCAAGUACCCAAAUGACUGAUAAAAGUCUCAUGAGUGGUCCUUCUGCUAGUGGCUUUUCUUCGACUAGCGCCGGGAGUUUAGCGAGGAAGCGAGAAAUGCUCUAUGGACGAGCUCAUAGUGCACUUGGUUCGCGGAAGGACAACUAUCUAGGGAUGAAUAAUAGUCAACCUGAUUUCACUACUGGCCGUUCCCAGACGCCAAUGACCGGUAUUUCAUAUCACAGUAGUCACGCCUCGGAUCCUUCGCGUAUGCAGUCACCGCCUGGCUGGUCAGGUUCUCCUGCAGAUUCUAAUGCUGCGCUUGGUGGUCUAAUGACACCUAAAACCAAGAAAACGGGGUUCUUCAAAAGAAUCGUUGAAUCCGCAAAAACAGGUGCUGCGAGCGCCAGGAGCAGUAUUUCUAUUGGUGAAUCUUCAAGACCACGAGCUCAGGCCCACAGUUCGUUUCCAGCGGGAGUCUCUACAAUGGGAGCCGGUGGCUUUGGAAAUACUCCGAACACUAAUCCAACCAAUGAAACUGGAUCCGGUGGUGUUACCAUGGGUGUCGAUUGGGUUCAGGUACGGCGAGACAUUAACAGGUCGAAUUCGUUAAGUAGGAUUGAGCGGGUUGAAAGAAAGGAGCGAUGUCAGAUGAUGGAUUACCCAGCCAUAAGUCCCGUGGAAGAGCUUCUUGAGGGGUGUGAUGGUGAUGAAGGGGUUGAUGGUAAUCCUGUCGCUGAGCCAACUAAUUUCCAAGCAGUAAAUCUCACCCUGGUGGAUAAGAACACAAGGUUUAUCAAUAGUCUCCCACCGAUGUCUAAUGCCAUGAGCUUAGCCACAGGUUAUGUGUGUCGACCAUAUCGAAGCGACAUCCAACGAUUACGAGCAAUAUUCAUAUGGGUUAGCGAGAAAAUUACCUGGGAAGAAGGCUUCGACAAUGAUACAUCAGAUUCAAGAAGGGUGAUCCAAACCAAGCAUGGCUCUUCUGAAGAAGUCGCAUUCCUAGUUAUGGAUAUGUGUAAGGCUGUUGGGAUUCAUGCUGAGGUUAUUAGAGGAUAUUUGAAAUCACCAGGUGAGGUACCGGAUAUGGGUCCUAUGCCUCGACCGAAUCAUUUCUGGAACGCAGUUGUAAUUGAUGGAGAAUGGCGAAUGAUGGAUUGCUCUUUGGCAAGUCCGUCUCAUCCUCGACGAAGCCAGUAUACUAGUGCCAGCAGUCUGUACGCGGAACCAUGGUGGUUCUUGGCUCGGCCGAUUGAGAUGUGCUGGACUCACAUACCGGAGCAACAUGUUGACCAGCAUCUCUGUCCUCCCGUAGCACAUGAGGUACUUCUAGCUCUACCAUGUGCUUGUCCGGCAUUUUUUAUCAAUGAGAUAGAGAUGGUAGAAUACGAUACAAGUCUCAUACGUAUUGAAGAUCUCGAACUCGUUCACAUCAAACUUUCUGUCCCGCCUGAUGUUGAGUGUGUAGCUGAAGUUGAAGCGCGUGCUUUUGAACGUGAUGCAGAUGGCGAUCUCUUCGAGACCGGUGAGAUUGUCACGAAGCGUGCUUUGGCACAGGCCGAAUGGGUGGGUAGUCAGAAGAGGUAUACGAUCAAGGCUCUACUUCCUGGCGACGAAGGCGCAGGCAUACUCAAAAUUUAUGCUGGGAAACGUGGUCUUAUGCAUAGUAUCAAGGACAUUCCACAUGCAUUGGCGGUGGCAUUGCCUAUCAUCCACACUGGUGACAAUCCUCCAUACGAGUUCUUAACCCGUCAUCCAACGCCUCAUGCCCAGCGUCAUGACCUAUAUGUCGCACAGCCACAAUGCCAGCGAUUAGCCAUCAAUAACACUUUUGUGUUCGCCGUACGUCAGCAUCCUUCGUCGCUAUCAUUAGGAUCGCCAGAUCCGGGACGUACCUCACCUAUCCCAUUUAUACGACCGGGAUCCGCUAUGUCUCUAACAAAUUCGACGGCAUCUGGUUCAGGAACUGGUAAAAAACCGGCCAAACUCGCAAUUCAAGCACCUGGUGGAAAGAUCUUAAGAUUAAUGCGAAAGGAAGAGAGAAACGGGGGUGUCAGUACAAAUUUGGAAGGCGGAGAUGGGGGUACUUGGGAGACGAUAAUUAAAUGUGGAGAAAGAGGUGUAUGGAGAGGACUUGUCCUAGCCGAUCGAAGUGCUAGAUGGUGCGUAUUUGCCGAAUGGACAUGUGUCUAAUUACGACCUAUACAUUCUGGAGCGAUGAAAUUAGAUCAGAUGACCAAAAGAAAGAUUAGAAAGGAUUCAAACCAGGAUUCAGGAAAUUUUUAUGCAUUUUACGGCGCCGUGCGGUUGUAAUGGACGACCUGUAACGAAUAACUUUGGGUGGGAUUUGGUGGUAAUACAAUAAAUACAUUGGCAGGCUUGGGCUGGAUGGAACUGGAUGGACGGACGGACGGUUUGGGCUGGUAUGGUUGGUUUUGGGCUGGCUAGCUGGUUAGGAUUAUUUUUGUACAAGUCAAUCAUCACAUUUCUAGGCGUUUUGUUUUUUCUCGUUUUCUCUUUCUGCAAGCUGGGAACGGGAAACUGGAAACAUGUAAAAGUAACUUUUCACGAUACUAUUACUUUGUCGUCGCUAUUUAGGCAUCGUAUCGUAUCGUAUUGUAUGCAUCUUCUCUAGAGAUGCUUGUAGUUCUAGCAAUCAAUGUAUGCAUGCGAAGCUUUAGAUUAAAAUAUCUUUGGUUUUUU